GACAAUUAUGAAAACCGGUUCGUGAUCCGUCCGGCGGCAAGGAACGCCAAGAACAGAUCCCAAGUAGCCGGAGACGAAGGAACGGGGCCGGAAUUCCUCCUCAAUCAUUUUAAUAAAAGGCCAGUCCUUCUAUAGAGUCCCUACCCCACCUCCACUUUCUUUUCUUAGGGUCAGGGCUUCAUGGAGGAGGCGGAUGCGGAGGCGGCGACCUCGCACUCCGCCACCGCGGCCCCACGGAGGCCGCCGCGCCUCCGCGGGGGCGCGGAGGAGCAGAUACGGGUGCGGCGGAAAACCCUUGAGGCGGUCCUCGAGCAGUGCCAGCGAGCGCUCGAGCUCCUCAAAAACGCUGACCUGGACCCGGAUCCCGACGCCGUCGACGCGGACGAGGAGGGGAAGAGGAGGGAAGAAGAGGUGUGGGAGGAGGGAUUGCCGUUGCAGUCCCCGGCCGCCAGCGAUUGCGAAACAGAUGAGCUAUGUCAACUUCUCAAGUCCAAAGUUGAAUCACCUAACUUUCUGGAAAAACUUGGUAGUGUCCACAUGUCAGUUGCUCAAACUAGUCAUGCAGAUGAUAAUUCAUCUUGGGAUAUGGUUAGUGCUGAUGAUUUGUGGGAAGAUGAGCUUGUUGUUGGGGAGACUGAAUCAGACCAAGAUGAUUAUGUUCUUGUUAGACAAGUGGACAUCGUGGACGGCAUGGCAUGCUUCAUGGCUGCAUACCUAUUAUCAUUAGAGCAAACUAAAGAACUAACCCCCAAUCAACUGCAAGAAGCUCUUAGUAAAACAUUCUCUGUAAAAAAGAAGAAGAGUAGGCUUCAAAAGGCAUGGAAUAGAAGCAAAGUUGUUUACAAUGUUGCUUCUUGGAGUGCAACUGCUGUUGGGGUAUACCAAAAUCCAGCAAUUUUAAAGGCAGCUUCUGUGGCUCUUUGGUCAUCCUGCGGGGUUAUCUCAAAGUUAUUCUAAGGCCGUCUAUUUUAUUGGAUGUAAUGCUUGAAAGCUAUCAUUUGCUGGGGAGAAUCCAAUGCUUAAAAUCACAGUGAUGCUUCCAGUGCAUUGGGAGAACUCAACAGAGCUCGGGAACAUUCAACAUCAUUCCUGGGUGAAUUAGACUGCUUCCUCCUUUCCGGGAAAACCUUAACAGAAGCCCCAUACGUGUAUAACGUUGUUUACACAGUUUCAUCGUAUAUAUGAACAAGUUGUCCCUUCACAUCCUGGUAAACUUCUAAGCUGUGUAUAUAUAUAUCCUCCAACACCUAGUUCAAGAUGCGAAAUGCAAGCGGCUAAUUGUGGUGUUAUUCUUUGAA